CUCUCUAUUACAAUUAGCUUUAAUUACAUAGCUCAAUCUAAAAAAGAAAAUAUAAUGUUAUAAACAGGCUAAUAAUAUGUUCACAAUAUUGAAUCCGGAUUUGUUUUUGCCCAUAUGUUAGGUUUAUUGUUUAUUAAGUAUAUGAACUAACACAGACACAUACGAAUGCAUUGGUUUUAACACUGCAGCAUUUCUCUAAGGACAUAACAUAUCAAAGCACCAUGUAGCUAGUUGCAUGCUACUGGAAAACAAAUUCAGUUAACACAAACAACUUCAAAUCCCAUAAUGCUCCAGUGCGGCAACUCCUUGAUGACGAUGACAUUUACAAAAAUCUAGUCCGUAGCCUAGUGGUGCUGUUCUGUUAGAUACACCCUCAUACAGUACCAAUAUCUCUGUAAUCAAUACAUUUUGAACAUUUCCAUCUCCAAAACAUUUAAGAAACAUAUCCAAUGGCGGCGCCUUUAAAAGUGUGCAUUGUCGGCUCUGGAAACUGGGGUUCGGCCAUUGCCAGGAUUGUUGGUGGAAAUGCCCGGACCCUGCAGCGCUUCGCCACCACGGUCAAAAUGUGGGUGUUUGAGGAGAACGUGAACGGCAGGAAGCUCACUGACAUUAUCAACACAGACCACGAGAACGUCAAGUACCUGCCUGGAUACAAACUGCCGGACAACGUGGUGGCCGUACCCCACCUCCGGGACGCAGCUGAAGGAGCCGACUUGCUGGUGUUCGUGGUUCCUCACCAGUUCAUCAGGGGGCUGUGUGAUGAGAUGGUAGACUGUGUGUCCAGGACAGCCCGGGGGAUAACACUCAUCAAGGGGAUAGAUGAGGGACCGGAGGGCUUGAAGCUCAUCUCUGACAUCAUCCGAGAGAAGAUGGAUAUAGACGUCAGUGUUCUAAUGGGGGCUAACAUCGCCAAUGAGGUGGCGGCGGAGAACUUUUGUGAGACCACCAUUGGUAGUAAGUCUAUGGAGAACGGCCUUCUCUUCAAGGAGCUCCUUCAGACGCCGAACUUCAGGAUCACCGUGGUGGACGAUGCGGAUACCGUAGAGCUCUGUGGAGCCCUGAAGAACAUCGUGGCGGUGGGAGCCGGGUUCUGUGACGGGCUGCGCUGUGGCGACAACACCAAGGCGGCCGUGAUCCGGCUGGGACUCAUGGAGAUGAUUGCCUUCGCUAAACUCUUCAGCAAGGACGGGGUCGUGUCCUCUGCCACCUUCCUGGAGAGCUGCGGCGUCGCUGACCUCAUCACGACCUGCUACGGGGGACGCAACCGUCGCGUGGCCGAGGCGUUCGCCAAAACCGGGAAGACCAUUGAGGUUCUGGAGCAGGAGAUGUUAAACGGACAGAAGCUCCAGGGUCCGGCCACUUCCGCUGAGGUCUACCACAUUCUCAAAGAGAAGGGCCUCGUGGACAAGUUCCCCCUGUUCGCGGCUGUGUAUCAGAUCUGCUUCGAGGGAAGGCCAGUGCGUGAAAUGAUCUCCUGCCUACAGAGCCACCCGGAGCACCUGUGAGUGCCAUGUGUGCUAGGCUAUCCCCAGAGAACCAGCAGGGAUGGAUAGAGGACUCUACUGGGAGGAAGCAUGGUCUAGCAUGGACAUCGCCACUGAAGGAAUUCACCGUUUUAAUGUAGUCCACCCGGUGGGACUUCCCACUUCAUUGGCUGAUCCCACCCGAUGGGAUCAGCCAAUGAACUGUUCUGGAAAUCACUACAGCAUGGCCUAAAUGACACUGCCCACGUCACACACAGAAGCUACAAUGGGAAAUACACGCAGACGAGACGUCUACAGAAUCAUGGGGUUAGCGCCUCUCCAGUGGCUCAGCUCUGAGCUCCGCCCGUAAGGCAGCUGUUGUCUCCACAAGGUCCGAACCGACGCCAUUUUGUGCCGCCCUAACCCACCCUUUUUCCUGACCUCAUGUCAGAGAGAACCUAACACCCUCUUGCUAAUCUCCCCCUGAGACUGACAGUUUCUCUUUUCUGUCGUGACAUUCCGGGGCCAGCUACAGUCUAACACCGCAUAUAAGACUGCCCCCUUGUGGAUGAUGGCAAGACAUUUCAGUAACAAAGUAGGACAACACUGUUUUUAUUAUUUUAUGAUAGUUUUUUUUGUAAUUUUUGGAUCUCUCCACACCCUGUAGGUUUGUCCUGUCUGUGAGUUCUGUGUCAGCGAUGUGGGGCAGCAGGUCACCAUGCAGUUAGAGGGUUGGGCCCAGUCAUUAAAGGGUGUCCAGUUUGAAAUCCCAAACCGACAAGGUGAACAAUCUGCCGUUGAGCAAUUGUAAUUGCCCAUACAUUAAACUAGACAACUAAAUUAUUCCAAAUGUCAACAUAGUAAAACAGGGACCAAACGUUGCACAACAGAAACUAUAACAACUGGGAUCAACUCAUAACAUGUUUUUUGUUUCUAUCGGGUAGUUAUUUACACACCUGUUGUUGAGUCUGAAUAGGCCCCUGAUUAGAAGGUACCAAGCUAUUGCGUCCCUCUAAGACCAAAGUUAUAUGGACUUGUGUAACAGUUUUGUUGUGUGAAAGGAAUGAGCCUCAUGUGUUGCUAAGUCCUCACAAUGACAUAUCUACGGGUACGAGCUAGUGUCCUUCAUUUCUGUGGAACCUAAAUUACCUCUGAUGUUACCAGCCAUCCAUUAGGGCUCAAAUGUGGCUCUGUAGGUCAAUCUGCAACUUUUUGUGUUGUCAUUUUGUUAUGCAGGGAAGAAUAGAUUAUGCUAAUUGGGGGGGGGGGGGGGGG